CAUUGAAAAUUUCUAAAUAUCUAUUUUUCAUCGAUCUACUUUCACAAACAUCAUAUUUUUUGUGUUACAUGAUCUCAUAUAUUGAAACAUAAUUGCAUAUAUUUUUCAGUUUACAACAACAAAGAGAAAUGGAAGAGUACAUUGUAAAGACAAUUGUUGUUGGAGUUUUUUCAUGGACAACAGCAUUUCUAGUAGUUAGGAAAAUCUUUCCAAAACGUUCAUUUGAUUUCUGCAACAGAAUUGUCUCUACAAUCCAUGCUAUUUUAGCUGUAACAUUGGCUUCUCUAUCUGUUCAAGAUUGGAAAUGUCCAAUUUGUCCUAUAGCCUCAAAAUCUUCCCUUCAACAGAUGCAAGUUCUAGCAGUGAGCCUAUCUUAUCUAAUUUAUGAUCUAGUGUGUUGUUUAUUUGAUGAAAGAGUCAGUUUGGAUAAUACUAUCCACCAUUUGGUAAGCAUUGUUGGACUCAUAGCUGGUCUUUGCUAUCAAAAGUGUGGAUCAGAGAUGGUGGGAGCAGUAUGGGUAACAGAGAUGUCAAGUCCAUUUUUGCAUUUGAGAGAGCUUCUAAAGGAGCUUGGUUAUAAAGACACUCUCCUUAAUUUGGUUGCUGAUAUUCUAUUUGCUUCAAUAUUUACAUUUGCUAGGAUGAUGGCUGGACCAUGUAUCACUUAUGUAACAUUAUUUUCUAAUAACCCAUUUCUCAUCAAGGCUAUGGGAUUGGGUUUGCAGCUAGUAAGUACAUUCUGGUUCUUCAAAAUUAUAAGAAUGAUGAAAUACAAAUUAACCAAGAGAUCAUCAAUAUCUAAAAAUGACAUCAACCACACCACCAACAUCAGGAGGAAGACAUAUAGCUAGCAAUCAAUCAGAGUUUAACAUUCUUUUAAUGAAUUUCGUACAUUAUUUUCAGGGGCUUAUGCACUAGAGACAUAAACUUAGUACACUAUUUUCAGUGGACAGAUCUUCUUGUAAUAUUAAUUUUAUAAGUAUAAAACAAAAUUUGGGUACAAA